GGAGGGAGGAGUGGCAGCCGUGGGGGAAGCGGCGUGGGCUCCGCACCCGCGGCUCGGCGCCAGGCUCGGCACCUGGCAGGCUGGGCGCCAGGGGCGCGGAGGGUGUGAGCGCGCGCGCCCUCCGUGCCCGCUCAGCCUCGCGCGCGUCCCGGGGGAGGCUCCGCCGAGAGGCGCCAGGGGAGCCUGCAGCCUCAGUCCUACCGCCGGCGGAGCUUUGUGCGGCCGCAGCGGCUCAGAGUCCCACCUGCUGGCGGCGGAAAGACAAGGAACGCGAGGAAGCAGCAGCAGCAGCAGCAGCAGCAGUAACAGCAACAGCAGGAGCAGCAGGAGAAAGAGGAGGAGGGGAAAGAGGUGGCGGCUCCAACCUACUCUUCCCGUCGGCGUCCACCUCCCUACCCCACCCCCAGGGACUCCGCAGUCCCCGCCGCUCGGCCUGCACUCGCCGCCCCCCCACCUCUCCGGGUCCCCCGGCUCCGGCCCGGCCCUGCGUCCGCGAAGCCGCAGACGCUGCAGCAGCCGCUCUGCCCGGCCCGGCGGCCGCCACCCAAAGCCGCCCGCGAGUUUGAAGCGAGCGCGGGGCGCGCGGCGCCGCCUCGAUGUUCUCCGGAGCCCGUUCGGCGCCCCGAGCCCGCUGAGCAGCCCCGAGCGAGAGAGCAAGCCAGCGUGCAAGCGGGCGGCCUGAGAGGACGAGCGGGGAGGCUCGGCGAGCUCCGGAGAGAGGGGACGACGGAGCCAGAGGAGCGAGAAGAACCAGCCUGAGACCGCGCGCAGGGAGCAGACACCAUGCCGGGCUGGAAGAAGAAUAUCCCCAUUUGCUUGCAGGCGGAAGAGCAGGAGAGAGAUGAGAGUCCCUACACUAAAUCCGCCAGCCAGACAAAGCCGCCUGAUGGAGCAUUGGCUGUGAGGAGACAGAGCAUUCCAGAAGAAUUCAAGGGCUCCACCGUGGUUGAACUGAUGAAGAAGGAAGGCACGACCCUGGGACUGACGGUAUCCGGAGGCAUCGACAAAGAUGGCAAGCCAAGAGUGUCUAAUCUGCGGCAAGGAGGCAUCGCUGCAAGAAGUGAUCAGCUGGAUGUGGGUGACUACAUCAAGGCCGUGAACGGGAUCAACCUGGCCAAGUUCCGCCAUGACGAGAUAAUUAGCUUGCUGAAAAAUGUUGGGGAAAGAGUGGUUCUGGAAGUCGAAUAUGAACUGCCACCAGUCUCUGUUCAAGGAUCGAGUGUUAUUUUCCGAACUGUGGAGGUCACAUUACAUAAAGAAGGCAAUACGUUUGGCUUUGUAAUACGAGGGGGAGCACAUGAUGACCGAAAUAAAUCCCGACCUGUUGUGAUAACAUGUGUUCGUCCCGGAGGGCCUGCUGACAGAGAGGGGACCAUCAAAGCUGGCGAUAGGUUGCUCAGUGUGGAUGGAAUUCGACUUCUUGGGACCACGCAUGCUGAAGCCAUGAGUAUUCUUAAACAGUGUGGACAAGAAGCAACACUGCUGAUAGAAUAUGAUGUCUCAGUAAUGGAUUCUGUGGCUACAGCAUCCGGGCCAUUACUAGUUGAAGUUGCCAAAACUCCUGGUGCCAGCCUUGGGGUCGCCCUAACUACCUCGAUGUGCUGUAACAAACAGGUCAUUGUCAUAGACAAAAUCAAAUCUGCAAGUAUUGCAGACAGAUGUGGCGCGCUGCACGUGGGGGACCACAUUCUGUCCAUCGAUGGUACCAGCAUGGAGUACUGCACCCUGGCUGAGGCAACCCAGUUCCUGGCCAACACCACUGACCAGGUCAAGCUAGAGAUUCUUCCCCAUCAUCAGACCCGCCUGGCCCUAAAGGGACCUGACCACGUGAAAAUUCAGAGGAGCGACAGGCAACUUACCUGGGAUUCCUGGGCCAGCAACCACUCCAGCCUUCUCACCUGUCAUCACUAUAGCACGUACCACCCUGACCAUUGCAGAAUGCCAGCCCUGCAGCUCCCGAAAGCGCCUCCUCCCGGCAGCCCUCCAGCACUGGUGUCCUCAUCCUUCUCUCCUACCUCCAUGAGUGCAUACAGCCUGAGUUCCCUGAACAUGGGGACUUUACCUCGGAGCCUCUACUCCACUAGCCCUCGUGGAACCAUGAUGAGGAGGAGACUGAAAAAGAAAGACUUCAAGAGCUCACUGUCUUUAGCCUCCAGCACAGUGGGUCUGGCUGGGCAAGUCGUCCACACAGAAACCACAGAGGUAGUGCUGACAGCAGAUCCUGUUACAGGAUUUGGGAUUCAACUGCAGGGUAGUGUGUUUGCCACAGAGACACUUUCUUCUCCACCUCUGAUUUCCUAUAUUGAAGCUGACAGCCCAGCAGAGAGAUGUGGGGUGCUACAGAUUGGAGAUAGAGUGAUGGCCAUUAAUGGAAUUCCAACCGAAGAUAGCACCUUUGAGGAAGCCAAUCAGCUCCUCCGAGACUCUUCCAUCACAAGCAAGGUCACCCUGGAAAUCGAGUUUGAUGUUGCAGAGUCUGUCAUCCCAAGCAGUGGGACAUUUCAUGUAAAGCUCCCCAAGAAGCACAACGUGGAACUUGGCAUAACCAUAAGUUCACCAUCAAGUAGAAAGCCAGGAGAUCCCCUUGUCAUUUCAGAUAUCAAGAAAGGCAGUGUGGCACACAGAACUGGAACCCUGGAACUUGGGGACAAACUUCUUGCAAUAGAUAACAUCCGGCUGGACAACUGUUCCAUGGAAGAUGCUGUUCAGAUCCUUCAGCAGUGUGAAGACCUCGUCAAGCUCAAAAUCCGCAAAGAUGAAGAUAAUUCAGAUGAACAAGAAAGUUCCGGAGCAAUUAUUUAUACUGUGGAGCUUAAGCGCUACGGGGGGCCCCUUGGCAUCACGAUUUCGGGAACUGAAGAACCGUUUGAUCCUAUAAUCAUUUCAAGCCUCACUAAAGGGGGACUAGCCGAAAGAACUGGCGCGAUCCACAUAGGAGACCGAAUCCUCGCCAUCAACAGCAGCAGCUUGAAAGGGAAGCCUCUGAGUGAAGCCAUUCAUUUGUUACAGAUGGCAGGAGAAACCGUCACCUUGAAAAUUAAGAAACAGACAGAUGGUAAGUGGUCGGCAUCAAGUCCCAAGAAAUUCCCCAUUCCUGGCCACCUGAGCGAGCUAGGAGACGUGGAGGAGGACUCAUCUCCAGCACAGAAGCCGGGCAAGCUGUCAGACAUGUACUCCUCCACAGUGCCUAGUGUGGACAGUGCUGUGGACUCUUGGGAUGGUUCUGGAGUAGAAACCAACUAUGGGACCCAAGGCACUGGCUUUCAGGCCUCAGGAUACAACUUCAACACCUAUGACUGGAGGAGUCCCAAACAGAGGGGCAGUGUGUCCCCCAUCCCAAAGCCUCGAAGCCAAACAUACCCUGACGUGGGGCUGAGCAAUGAAGACUGGGACCGGUCCACAGUCAGCGGUUUUGCAGGAGCUCCCGACAGUACAGAAGCAGAGCAAGAGGAGAAUUUUUGGUCUCAAGCGUUGGAGGAUUUAGAAACCUGUGGACAAUCAGGAAUUCUGAGAGAACUGGAGGAGAAAGCUGACAGGCGUGUGUCUUUGAGAAACAUGACUCUCUUGGCUACAAUUAUGUCGGGGAGUACGAUGAGUCUGAAUCAUGAGGCCCCCGUACCUCGCAGUCAGCUGGGGCGACAGGCCAGCUUUCAGGAACGGAGCAACUCUCGGCCACACUACAGCCAGACGACCCGGAGCAACACCCUGCCCUCUGAGGUGGGCAGGAAGUCUGUCCCCCUGAGGAAACUGAAACAAGACAUAAAGGAGAUCAUGUCCCCCAGUCCAGUGGAGCUGCACAAGGUGACCUUGUACAAGGGCUCUGACAUGGAGGACUUUGGGUUCAGUGUUGCAGACGGCCUGCUGGAGAAAGGUGUCUAUGUCAAAAACAUUCGCCCAGCAGGGCCAGGAGAUCUCGGUGGCUUAAAGCCCUAUGAUAGGCUCUUACAGGUUAAUCACGUCCGAACGAGAGACUUUGACUGCUGCCUUGUCGUGCCCCUCAUAGCAGAAUCUGGAAAUAAGCUGGACCUGGUUAUCAGUAGAAACCCACUUGCCUCACAGAAGUCAAUAGAUCAGACUCUACCAGGAGAGUGGAGUGAACAGAACAGUGCUUUUUACCAACAGCCUGGCCAUGGUGGUAAUUUGGAGAUGCGAGAGCCCACUAAUACAUUAUAGCAACGCUUUUUAUAAAGCAGGACAAAAGACAAUAUCUACAUGGUGCUAAAAAAAAAAAAAAAAAAAAUCCCUUUGCGAUUUCUGUGGCAUUCGAAGCACAGAUAAUCACGUGGCAUUAACUGUAAGCACAGGGGUCUUUUAAAUCUCUCUCAUGGCUCAUGUUCACUUCCCUUUUCAAGUUGAAGAGGCGUCUUUUUGGGUGACCACUAUGGUAUCUGGCAGAUAUCCUGCCAAACCCACUGGUAGAGGAAAAACAGAACAAUCAGUAGGAUGCCCCUCCCCUACAGUGAACAUCAAAGGCUUUUUUUUUUUCAACCAGUUCACCUUCCCGUCACUUUUUUAAAAAGAGGAAUGCCCAUUGGAAAAUAUUCUCUGAUAAUUUCCUUAAUUCACUUUGAAAUCAGUUUCUUACUAAAAAGUCAUUCAUGUAAGAGCUGGACCAAGGAGACUUUUCAUAAAACAGGCUUUACUAGGGGAACUAGAGUUUGGGGCACCCUGGGACUUCUGCUUUGGGAGGAGUACAGCUAAAAACUAAGUUACAUAAAAGGUUUUGGCAACGAUGCACGUAGGAGACCAUAAUAGGUGGUGGUCAAUGUUUUGCCCAAGUAUAGGAAUGAUUUAAGAUGUAUGCUAUUCCCUAUGCAACAGAUUAUCAAACAGGAUAUGUCUUGUGACCUGUUUUUUUUUUUUUAGGACACAAUUUUAAUAGCUAAAAGUCUCAUUAAUGAAUUAGAAUGAUUAGUAACACUGAAACUUAGUUAUGUUGUCUUAUCUUAAAAACCCAAGACUAAGGAUUUAAAGAGAGAAUGAAGUCUAUUAAAAUGAGGUUUAUCUUAACAAUAGGCAAGUCGAAUUUAUACUGCUUGACAUGUUUUGGAAGCUGGUUAUACUAAGGGGUGUACAGCACAUGUACUUAAAGACGACACUGGAAUCUUUUGUUCUGAGCCAUGCCACUUACCGAAACUGUAAAUACAUUCUUCACAAAAUGCAUUGCCAAUUAUCAUCCCUCAAAGCAAUAAAUUGUGACAGUUGCUUUUAA